GAGAAGCGAGGAGCGAGCUCGUCUGUUUGAAACUUCUUCAACCGUUGUGGAACGGUGCACUUCAUCAUCAUCAUCAUCAUCGUUAUUAAACCGCUUUAAAUUCCGUGUCGUGGUCGAUUUGAGGGCUGAAAUAUUUUCUUGAUGAAUUUUUGUUCUUGAGGUAAUUUCCAGAAAAAGGGAGACCAUCCGAAAGUAAUCGGGUAGGUUUUGAAGUUUGUUUUAGGUUCGGGAGUAUUAACAGAUGAUGAACUUUGAACUGGGGGAUUUCUGUUGUGUUGACAUGUCUUCGGGCGACCAGAAGUAAACCCGCGUUUGCCCGGCGCUGCGGCGGCUGCUGGGCAGGAGAGAGGAGGAAUCAUUUUGCCUUUUGCUUUUAGUGAUAUUUAACAAGAGUGAACUUGCUACGCUUGGAGACAGCAAGAGAUCAAAAUGUCUGCCAAGGCUGCAUCAAAUAAGAGUACAACGAUGGAGGAAACUGUAAUAUGGGAGCAGCACACAGUGACUCUUCACAGGGCUCCGGGUUUUGGGUUUGGAAUUGCUAUCUCAGGGGGUCGUGACAACCCUCAUUUCCAAAGUGGAGAGACCUCCAUAGUGAUCUCAGACGUGCUCAAAGGAGGACCAGCUGAGGGGCUUCUACAAGAGAAUGACAGAGUGGUGAUGGUAAAUGCUGUCUCCAUGGACAAUGUGGAGCAUGCCUACGCUGUUCAGCAGCUGAGGAAGAGUGGAAAGAAUGCCAAAAUUACAAUUCGCAGAAAGCGGAAAGUACAGAUUCCCGUAACACGGGGAGGAGACAGAGAGACGAUGUCAGAACGAGAGGAAGAUGAUGACACUGAGGAGGAUGAUUACGAGGGUCCAGUUCCACGUGCAGGGGGAGCAAGCGGGGGCACGAGCAGAAGAAACGAACGCAGUGGCAGUGGUGGUCGACGGGACCACAGUGCUUCCCGUGAGAGGAGUGUUUCCCCACGCUCCGACAGGCGAUCCAUUGCGUCCAGUGUCCAGCCACACCCUGCCAAAGUCACACUCGUUAAGUCACGCAAGAAUGAAGAAUAUGGCCUGCGUCUAGCCAGCCACAUCUUUGUAAAGGACAUUUCUCCUGAAAGCCUGGCAGCCCGUGAUGGCAACAUACAAGAGGGAGACGUUGUCCUGAAGAUCAAUGGCACAGUGACUGAGAACCUGUCCUUGAUAGAUGCAAAGAAGCUUAUAGAGCGAUCGAAAGGCAAGCUGAAGAUGGUGGUGCAGAGAGACGAGAGGGCAACACUUCUUAACGUUCCUGACAUGGAUGAUAGCAUUGCCUCAGUUAAUUCAGACAGAGAUGACAUUUCAGAAAUUCAUUCACUGGCAUCAGAUCAUUCCCAUGAGCGCACCCUCCGCAGCCGCUCCCCUGACAAACGCUCAGAGCCCUCUGACAUCUCUGGUCAGUCUACCCAGCAGAUGAGCAACGGCAGUUACAGGAGUCGUGAGGAAGAGCGUAUCUCUAAACCAUCGGCUGUGUUCUCCCCAGUUAAGAUGGCUGAGGAUGCACUUCUGGCUCCAUCCAAUGAACAGCCUGGUGACAAACAGAUCCCUCCACUCCCAGAGCCAAAGCCAGUAUAUGCGCAGCCUGGGCAACCUGAUGUUGAUCUGCCAGUAAGCCCAUCGGACGCCCCUAUGCCCAGUGCUGCCCAUGAUGACAGCAUCCUCCGGCCUAGUAUGAAGCUGGUGAAGUUUAAGAAAGGAGAAAGUGUAGGAUUGAGGCUGGCAGGAGGAAAUGAUGUGGGGAUCUUUGUGGCUGGUGUACUGGAGGACAGUCCUGCCGCUAAGGAAGGCCUGGAAGAGGGAGACCAGAUACUCAGGGUGAACAAUGUUGACUUUGCAAACAUCAUUCGUGAGGAAGCGGUGCUGUUCCUUCUGGACCUGCCUAGAGGUGAAGAGGUCACCAUCCUGGCUCAGAAGAAAAAAGAUGUGUACCGGCGGAUAGUGGAAUCUGAUGUGGGCGACUCUUUCUACAUCAGAACACACUUUGAGUAUGAGAAGGAAUCUCCUUAUGGGUUGAGCUUUAAUAAGGGAGAGGUGUUCAGGGUGGUGGACACCCUGUACAAUGGCAAACUGGGCUCCUGGCUGGCCAUCCGCAUCGGAAAGAAUCAUCAGGAGGUGGAGAGAGGCAUCAUUCCUAACAAGAACAGGGCGGAGCAGCUUUCCAGUGUGCAGUACACACUUCCCAAAACAGCGGGCGGAGACCGGGCGGACUUCUGGAGGUUCAGAGGUCUCCGCACUUCCAAGAGGAACUUGCGGAAGAGCAGAGAGGAUCUGUCAGCCCAGCCGGUUCAGACCAAGUUCCCUGCUUAUGAGAGGGUAGUUCUUAGAGAAGCUGGUUUCCUGAGGCCUGUUGUGAUCUUCGGGCCAAUCGCCGAUGUGGCACGGGACAAACUGGCAAGAGAGGUGCCUGACCUGUUCGAGCUUGCAAAGACACAGCACCAAGAUGGAAGGGAAAAGAGUGAAGCCAGAGAUGCCGGCACUGACCAGCGCAGUUCAGGGAUCAUACGCCUGCACACUAUAAAACAGAUCAUUGAUCGGGAUAAGCAUGCAGUUUUGGACAUUACUCCUAAUGCAGUGGAUCGGCUGAACUAUGCUCAGUGGUACCCCAUCGUGGUGUUCCUGAAUCCUGAUAGUAAGCAGGGUGUGAAGAACAUGAGGACCAGACUGUGUCCUGAGUCCAGGAAGAGCGCCAGGAAACUCCAUGAGCGUGCACUCAAACUGAGAAAGAACAACCACCAUCUCUUCACAGCCACCAUUAAUAUGAACAACAUGAAUGAUGGCUGGUAUGGCGGAUUGAAGGAUACUAUUCAACAGCAGCAGAAUCAGCUUGUGUGGGUCUCAGAGGGCAAGGCGGACGGUGCUCCUGACGAUGAUAUGGACCUGCACGAUGACCGUCUGUCCUACUUGUCUGCUCCUGGCAGUGAGUACAGUAUGUACAGCACAGACAGCCGCCACACCUCUGACUAUGAGGACACUGAUACGGAAGGUGGUGCCUACACUGACCAGGAACUAGAUGAGACCCUCAACGAUGAAGUGGGACCGCCCAGCGAGCCCGCCAUCACACGCUCGUCAGAGCCCGUCCGGGAGGACCUGCCUGUCAUUCAGGAACCUCCUGGAUACAGAAGCUACCAGCAGCAACAGCUGCUGCCCGAGCCGAUGAAACGCAUCGACCCAGCAGGGUUCAAGGCCCCUGCACCUCAGCAGAAAGCAGAGGCUGCUCUCCCCCUGCAGCCCGAGCCGCUGGCCGAGACAGCGCCCCCUGCUGUACAUGUAAAUAUAGGGGCUCUGAGUGCCAAAGAUGUCCCGGUCACCCUCUCUCAGGGGGAUUUCAGCCCAGAGGCUGGCUCUCUCUUCCCACCUGUCCCUGAGCUAGCUCAGCCCCUGCCUCCCGACCCCAACCAAUCUGGACAACCCGGGUCAGAGUCCAAGAUGUACAAGAAGGAGAUCUACCAUAGCAGCGAGCCAGUCAGCCCCAGUCCUAUGCAGCCCAACUACAACUCCCUGCAGCCGCUCUACCAGGAAGACAAGCCAUAUAUAGAUUACGACCACCAGCCGUACCACUACGAUGGGGGCUACAUGGAACCAAAGGCUCGUAACUUUGACCCUCACCUGCAUUUUGACAACCGUGUGCCUCCGUAUGAAGAGCACUGGGACCCGUAUGACCACCAGCCCAUUCCCCAGAAUCCCUCUGGAUACGACUCUCAUAUGUCCUAUGAGGAUGGUCCGAAUCGCAUGUAUGGUCAGCGACAUGACACUGGAUAUGACACGGGUCGACCUCGUUUUGACAAACCCAGUAUCGGACCGAUCCGACACGAUGAACCACCCCCUCCUGUGACAGGAGGAUAUGAUGCACGCCCACAGUAUGACCAGGAGUCACUCCCUCGCUCUCAAGCUACCUCCCGCUCCCCAAAACUCCCCAAACAGUACUACGACCCCUCUCAGAGGCCUUCCUACAAUCAAGCACCACAGAGGGGCUACAUGAACUCUGAAGCCUUCGUGGUCCCUCCCAAACCUGAGUCCAUCUCACCGCCAGCGGAGCCUGAACUUCCACCUCCUCCAGCGGUGGUUGAGGAAGACCCGGCCAUGAAGCACCAGUCUGUGUUGACGAGGGUGAAGAUGUUUGAGAACAAGCGAUCUGUGUCUGUAGACAGGGCAAGAGAGGAUGCAGACUCUGGCCUUCGGCCAGUGGACAUGGUGCCUAAACCUGGAGCUGUCUCUGUGCCCAAAGCCAACUCCUUAAGUAACCUGGACCAAGAGAAGGCCUUUAGAUCUCCAGAGCCACAGCAGCCGCAGCCCAAAGCAGUGGAUGAUAUAAUUCGAUCUACCAACAAUGACCCUGAUGAGGAUGAAGAUUACUACAGGAAACAGCUCUCUUACUUCGACCGUCGCAGCUUUGACAGCAAACCCUCCACACAGCUGACACCUGCCAGCAAGCCAGCCCAACCUCAGACCCAACCAGGCUACUACCCCAGGGCAGAAUCUGUGGAUAAAAUGAACCCUGUUCCUCCUGUAAACCCAGCUGUACCACCCCCGACCCUACCCAAACCUGCAGUGACGCCACCACUUGAUCCACACGGAUCUCCCAAAGUCAAGCCUCCCAGUCAUAAAGACACAGUCCAUAGUAACUACCUGCCUCAGAAGAGCUUCCCAGAGAAAUCUGUUAAUGGCACCGGUGAACCUCCAAAGUCCAACAGCACGUCUGCCACAUCUAGCUACAAUCGAUUUGUGCCCAAACCUUACACCACCUCUGCAAGGCCCUUCGAGCGCAAGUUUGACAGCCCUAAGUUCAACCACAACCUCCUGCCCAAUGACUCGCAAAAUAAGACGGAUAAUGUAAAAGCUCCCAUCAGCACCACAGUCAAACCACAGAGCUCUUCCCAGCUGACAGACCUUGACAGCAGCCUAGACACAUUCACUCGCACCACGGACCAGAAACCCAAAUACCAGCAGAACAACAUUAAUGCCAUGCCCAAGGCAAUACCUGUCAGCCCGACUGCUUUAGAGGACGACGAUGAUGAUGACAGUCAUACAGUGGUGGCUACAGCACGGGGCAUCUUCAACUGUAACGGUGGGGUCCUGAGCUCCGUUGAGACAGGAGUGAGCAUCAUUAUCCCUCAGGGAGCCAUUCCUGAAGGUGUGGAGCAGGAGAUUUACUUCAAAGUGUGUCGGGAUAACAGCAUCCUGCCACCUCUGGACAAAGAGAAAGGUGAAACUCUGCUGAGUCCUCUGGUGAUGUGUGGUCCUCAUGGUCUGAAGUUCCUGAAGCCAGUGGAGCUCCGCCUACCUCACUGUGCGUCUAUGACCCCUGAUGGUUGGUCUUUUGCUCUAAAAUCCUCCGACUCCUCGUCGGGUGAUCCUAAGAGUUGGCAGAACAAAUCUAUUCAUGGGGAUCCCAACUACCUGGUUGGAGCCAACUGUGUGUCUGUGCUUAUUGACCAUUUCUGAGGAGGGCAACAGCAGGCCCAUUACUGAAUCUGGAACCAGAUAAAACAAUAGAGGACCACCCCUUUUUGAACACAAACACAUAUGCGCACACAUACAAACACAUACACAUGGUCCUCUAGGAUGAAGGAAUUACGCAACACUAAAUGAAGGGUCUCCUGACUGUGCUCUGGCUUUGUUUACUGUAACCAUAGAGACUGGAUGGAGGGUUACAUUCUCUGAAGUGCUGUGCUCCUCUUCCUCAUGUUUUCUUCUUCCUCUACUUUAAGUGCUUUUAAAUACUUUCGAUGAUAACAAAAACAGACAUUAACCUUUGAUGGACUGCAUGCUCUGUGCCACUGACAUAUUAAUAUUUACACUGUAAGCCAACUAUAAUUUUUGCGACACACACUUUUUUUUUAUUUUUUAUAAAGAGUAUUUUGGGUUCUUCCAUUCAGUCUAGGCAAAUGAAAAUUGUAGACUAUAUUGCAAAUGUAUUUUCACUCCGUAUAGUAUGCACACCAUAAUGUAACUUCUAAAAUUUAUAGUGCAACUUUUCUAGAAUAUUGAAUUCUAGUUUAGACUUUUCAGACAUCAAAGAUGUUUCAAGCGGUUGAAGUGUAUAUCUGAUACAAUUCCCGACUUUCAUCAUGAGAGUAUAGAUUAACAUGUAAUGUUGCAGAAUCAGUGCUAGAUAAGAGUUUAGGGAAAUAGUCAGAGGAAAGAACUGACAAUUGAAGAAUAUACUUAUUGAAAUCUCCAGAUACUUACAGGCUCACCUGUUUAAUAGUUCCUUAGUACACCAUUAGCCUCCUUACAGACCUGUAAACUUUAGCACUGGAACAUUCCUGCUGUGUCAAGAUCUAUGCAUGUGCUUUGACUCAGGUGUGAAGACCCCCCUCUCUCUCUCUUAUUCUGUAUCUUCCAAAGCAGUGAUGCCUUAUCUGAAAAGAUUGACUUUUUGAACAACAAAAACCUUUUUGGUUUAUUUUUUGCUAAGUUGUGUUAAUGAUAAAUUAUGAAGAAACUGAAGUUGUCUUUCUGCCGUUUUGUCAAGCCACUGUACAAAACAAACCUGGGUGUUGCACACAGGAACGGCAUAAAGGCUAAGAACAGGUUUUCUCUUUCUGUCUGCUAUGCACAUGUCCUUUUAAAGAGAAACAAUAAUAAAAGAUGUGAAAAAGGAGACAAAUUGGUUGUACAUAAAGCUAGCAUAUUGCCUUCAUUAUUGGUUUGUAAAUUACCUUUUUGUAUGUCUUUAUUAUUUUGUAAUAAUGGGGAGGGGGGAGGGGGGGGCAUUUAUAAGAAUGAAUGAAGAAAUGAAAAUGGUCUGAUCUUUGUAUUCUGGUUCUACAUUUGAGCCAGUAGAAUUAUCACCUUUUCUACAGUUACACACUAAAUAUAAACAUUUUUAAUGAUAACAAUCUUUUAAUUUUUAUUUACAAAGGAAAGUGCUUGAUGUAAACUAUUCUAAAAAAAAAAAAUAUUUUAAACGGUGUGCUCUAAAUGUGUCCCAUGCAUUUAUUUGUGAUACUGGAUGCUACAUUGUGUGUCCUGAAAUGUAUUUUUGUACUAAUAGACGAUUUAUUAUGGCACAGCAGACAAUAUAACACUGCUUCGACUGGUCAUUAGCAAUUUAUGUGUGGCAGUUUUGUUCCCUUUUCAACACAAUUUCCAGUAUGCCACUGUAUUAAAAAAAUAAAAAUUUUAAAAUACAA